AUGUCGACCUACGAGUAUCCGAACUUCUCUCGCUCCGACAUUAUCACGGUCCUCACGGAAGCUAAUAUCGCCACCGUUAAGGAUGCCGAUUUCAAGAACCCUACUUUCGACUUCGUCUCCGAGCUUUACACCAGAAUUCUUAUCUCUCUCGGCGUGCUCAACGAAGAAGACAAAGGGCAAGUUGAUUUUGAGGCUUUGGAGCAAUUGGAGAAUCCAGAUCAUCAUGCAACCUCAGCUCCGGCGAUGAAUCUUUAUAUGAAAUUGAAAGAUAUGCUAGAUAUGGUUGAUUGUCCUCUAAAGAUCAACUUCAGGGAUCUCUUAAAGCCAGAAUCUUCCCGAACCGAGUUUUUCAUCAGCGCACUUUUGAACUUUAGUCUACACAAAAAUUCAAAAAUGGAACUUAUAAGACCAAUGGUAGAAGAGUUGACUAUCCUUGAUGAGCAGCGGAAGCAGUGGGAGGAGAAGAUUUCCCAGUUAAAUGCAGAGAUUGCAGAGUUUGAUGAAGCCUGCGAGAGGGAUUUGCCUUUUGUCCAAGAGCUAGAAACGAAUAUUGAAGAGCUCAAUCAAAAGAUUUUAGGACUGAAUAAUCAGCAGCUGUCACUGCGAGAAACUUUCCAGAAAAUGAGAGAGAGCAGUACACAAAUGGAUAACGAGAUUUCCAAAGCAGAGUUUGACCUUGUACAAACUGUUCAAGAAAAUGCAAACCUCCGCUCACAGAUUGUUCAAUCCCCAGACAAGCUGCAGGGGGCUUUAGAAGAGAAGAAACUAGUGCUCGGGGAAACAAAGAAAGCUGAGCAAUCAGCAAUGGAAACUUUCCAGGAAAAGGCUGCCAUUCUAGAGGUUUACGAAAAGGCAUUCAAGAAAAUAUCAAAGUCAUCUGCGCAACUACAAUUAAUUAACGAACAGGUAACUAACGUGAAAGCAAUGGAGAAAGAUUUAAAAGCUCAGAAAGCUAAGCUGAGUGAAGAUGAGGCAGCUUACAAAUCACUUGAGGCGAAAGUGGUUGACCGGGAAAGAGUAGUGAAACAGUUGCACGAAUCAUUGAAGCAGUUAGAGAAAGAGAAAGGAGUCAUGUUUGAUGAUUGGACGAAACAACUGAAUGAACUAAAACAGGAAGUUGAAUCCAAAAAACGUCAACUUGAAGUCAGGCAAACAGAUGUUGAAUCGAUCAUAGCUAUGGUUGAUGACAAUACUGCCAAGACUAAUCAGGUGAAAGAGUCAGGAGAAGCGAAAGUGAAACAGUUAGCCGCUAAAUAUGAAGAGAUCGUGAAGCAGUUUCAUGAAUACACGGUGUCGUUUGGAGCGUUCCUGCCAAGCUUCUAAUGGAGAAGGAAGUUAAGUGAUUCACCGGGAUGUUACGAAGCUGAACCCAAAACUCCACGAACGGCAGAUAAUCACUCGGUGGCUGAUCCACCCAUUUUUCCAUAGCCAGAGCCCAC